AGGAGGAUACUCUUCCAUCAUUUUCACAAACAACUCCCUCCAUUUCCAAGUUUCAUAUUCCAGAAAAGCAGACUCCUCAAAAGCAGACAACUUUCUUUUCACUCAUAUCAGAAAAAAGAUAAGCUAAGAAACAUGGCUGAGAAGGCUUAUCCUGCAGCCCCGGCAAACCAUGGUUACCAAAGAAGUGAUGCAGAGUCUUUGGAAAAUGCUGAUGAACUGAAACGCAAGAAGAAAAUCAAAUUGGCCAUAUAUAUUACUAUUUUUGUUGUGUUUCAGAUCAUAGUUAUCACCACAAUGAGUCUCACUGUCAUGAAAGUCAAGACUCCCAGGUUCAGGCUAGGCAACAUCAACGUCCAGAACUUCGAAGCUGUCCCUGCAACGCCUUCAUUCGACACAAAAUUCACAACCCAAAUCAAGAUCAAGAACUCAGCCAACUGGGGUUCCUACAAGUUCAAUGCUGCCAAUGUCACGUUUCAAUACCAAGGCCAGACUGUGGCAGUAAUUAAUAUCGCAAAGGGCAAGGCUGGAUGGCUUUCGACCAUAAAAAGAAAUGCGGAGGUGAGUUUGAAUUCAAAUGGAAUAACUGGUUCAAAUCUUGGCAGCGAAUUGAGCAGCGGGGUGUUGACGCUCAACAGCGUAGGAAGAUUGAAUGGAAAAGUUGCAAUUAUGUUCAUCAUGAAGAAGAAGAAGGCUGCCAACAUGAACUGCACUAUUGCCUUUGAUGUGACAGCCAAGACGCUCAAAUCUUUACAAUGCAAGUGAAAACAGACCAUGAUUUGAUUUCUCUGUAAUGAUGUGGAUUUUGGAUUGAUGAAGACUAGUUCUU